GGGAUUUGGAAGGCUGACCUCGCGAGAUUGGACGCGGCCCGGCCUGGCCAGGGGGAAAGGGAGGCGUGGCCCGGCGACUAUGUCAAACCUCGCGGGGUUGGAGUCCGAGAGCUGAAAGAGGCUCCUGCGUGAUUGCGUGCUGCGUGCAUGCUGGAGGUCGUUGGAGUCACAGGCCGCUCUCUUUCCCAGCACCGGCUCCGAGCCCUCCGUCCAUCCCCACCAUGUUGUCGUCCUUCGUCCGCCCCGUGGGCGCCGCCCUCCGCCGCGGCCUAAGCACCUCGGCGCAGAAUAAUGCUAAAGUAGCUGUGCUAGGUGCUUCUGGAGGAAUUGGACAGCCGCUUUCGCUGCUUCUGAAGAAUAGUCCUUUGGUGAGCCGUCUAACGCUCUAUGACAUUGCUCAUACUCCUGGUGUAGCAGCUGAUUUGAGCCACAUUGAGACCAGGGCGACUGUAAAAGGCUACUUGGGACCUGAGCAGCUGCCAGAUUGCUUGAAAGGCUGUGAUGUUGUCGUGAUUCCUGCAGGAGUCCCCAGAAAGCCAGGAAUGACUCGUGAUGACCUUUUCAACACCAAUGCUACGAUUGUAGCUACUCUGGCUACUGCCUGUGCCAAGCAUUGCCCAGAAGCCAUGAUCUGUAUUAUUGCAAACCCGGUCAAUUCUACCAUCCCAAUCACAUCUGAAGUUUUUAAGAAACAAGGUGUGUACAACCCCAACAGAAUCUUUGGUGUAACAACCCUGGAUAUCGUCAGAGCCAAUGCUUUUGUUGCAGAACUGAAGGGCCUAGAUCCAGCUCGAGUAAAUGUCCCCGUCAUUGGUGGCCAUGCAGGGAAGACUAUCAUCCCCCUGAUCUCUCAGUGCACACCUAAGGUGGAGUUUCCUGAGGAUCAGCUGACAACCCUGACAGGAAGGAUCCAGGAGGCUGGAACGGAGGUUGUCAAAGCUAAAGCUGGAGCAGGUUCUGCUACCCUCUCAAUGGCCUAUGCCGGUGCCAGAUUUGUCUUCUCUGUUGUGGAUGCAAUGAACGGGAAGGAGGGUGUUGUGGAAUGCUCCUUUGUCAGAUCAGAAGAAACAGAGUGCUCCUACUUUUCCACACCCUUGCUGCUUGGGAAAAAAGGCAUCGAGAAAAACCUGGGCCUCGGCAAGCUCUCCCCUUUUGAAGAGAAGAUGGUGGCUGAGGCCAUUCCCGAGCUGAAAGCUUCCAUCAAGAAAGGGGAGGACUUCGUCAAGAGCAUGAAGUGAGGAAGCAGUGCUGUGAAAGGAGGAGUCCGUGUCCUUAACUUAUUAAAGCAUCAUGUCACUCGAAAGAUACUUCAUAUACAUGCGUCCUCUCUGAGGAGGUUGUAGUAAUGAAUUUUGUUGAUUCCUAUGUUGGCACAUCAAUAAAACCAUCAUCUUUUUUUUUUC